UCAAAACAAAACCCACCAAAAGGGAGACUGCCUGCUGUAUAAAUAUUUAUAAAAAGCCUGACCAGAGCCUAAGACCUAAAGAGAAGAAACCCUUCAAAAUUCCAUGCGCACUCGCCACCACCACCACCACCACCACCAACAACGAAGACGACGACAAUGGCAGCCAUAACCAACAGAGAUGAGUCAGACUACGACAGUAGCUCCUCUUCAAUAACCGUGCCGGAAUCCAGCCGGAGCUGGAUGAGCAACCUAAGCUUUGGGAGUCGCCGGAGCUCCAUCUCCCUCUGCAGCUCCUCUUUUGCACCUCACGGCCAAGACCAGAUUUCCUCUUUCUUGUUCGGUCCUGGGGGAGGCCAUAAGCCGCACAAGGCGAACCAGGCCGCGUGGGAGGCCAUGAGGCGUCUCCGUUACACCAAGGGACGAGUUGGGCUCGACCAUUUCCGUCUGCUGCGUCGGCUAGGAAGCGGCGAUAUAGGGAAUGUUUAUCUCUGCCAGAUAAGGAACCCGGUUGUUGGGUUGCCUCAGUGCUUUUACGCCAUGAAAGUGGUGGAUAGAGAAGCGCUUGCUAUAAGGAACAAGUUGCAGAGAGCUGAGAUGGAGAAGGAGAUUCUGGGUAUGCUUGAUCACCCAUUUUUACCAACUUUGUAUGCAGAGUUCGAAGCUUCUCACUAUUCCUGUUUGGUCAUGGAGUAUUGUCCUGGCGGAGACUUAUACGCCGCCAGACAACGCCAACCAGGAAAACGCUUCAGCAUCUCUUCCGCUAAGUUUUAUGCUGCUGAAACUCUAUUAGCAUUAGAGUAUCUUCACAUGAUGGGUAUAGUUUACAGAGAUCUUAAACCAGAGAACGUGCUUGUCAGAGAAGACGGUCACGUUAUGCUUUCAGAUUUCGAUCUCUCCUUCAAAUGCGACGUCGUUCCAAAACUUUUAACGCAAAAACCCCCCGUCUCCGUCUCCGACGACGACGAUAAAUAUAUCACCAGAUGCUCAACUCCGACAUGCGCCGCGCCGAUACAGCCUGUGCUGUCUUGCUUCUCUGCGUCAACCAGAAACAAGAAAAACAGAGUCAUCACCACGACCAUUACAGAGCACGUCGACGAUGAGAAAAUUCGCCGCGGGGAUCAUCACGACCGCGAUAAUAAUCAUCGGCAAGGAUUUGAAAACCCGGAGCUGGUGGCGGAACCCAUUAAUGCUCGAUCCAAAUCUUUCGUGGGAACCCACGAGUACUUAGCUCCGGAGGUGAUAUCAGGACAAGGACAUGGAAGUGCAGUCGACUGGUGGACUCUCGGUGUGUUCUUGUACGAGAUGCUUUACGGUCGGACACCCUUUAAAGGAGAAAACAACGAAACCCUAAUCAACAUACUCAAGCAGCCAUUGACGUUCCCGAGAGUUUCUGCGAGUAGCAGCAGAGAGUACGACGAGAUGGUCAAAGUUCAAGACUUGAUAAGUAGGUUGUUGGUGAAGAAUCCGAAGAAGCGGAUCGGGAACUUAAGAGGGUCUGUGGAGAUCAAAAGGCACGAGUUUUUUAAAGGAGUAAACUGGGCUUUGAUUCGGUCUGUGAAGCCGCCAGAAGUCCCCGGCGAUCGCCAUUGCAGAAUCGGAAGUAACUUGCCCAAGCUAAGCAAGAAACAGAGAGACGCACCGUAUCAGAUCUCUCAUCAUUUUGAUUACUUCUAACUGUAAAAUGUAAAUAUAAUUUUAGAGCAAAAAAAAAAA